AUGAGCAUGGAAAACAGAAGCAAAGAUGACACAACGACACAAGGAAACGACUCUAGCGCUGUGCCAUCAGGUUUCAUUCUGAAGUUGUAUCAAAUGGUGAAUGGUGCGCCAGACGAAGUGAUAUCGUGGACGCCAUUAGGAGAUGCCUUCAUCAUCGGAUCAGACCUAGUACGACUAGAGUCAGAAACCUUGCCGCAGUACUUUCGACACAACCGAUUUCAAUCAUUAGUGCGACAACUGAACUUCUAUUCAUUCCGAAAAAUCAACCGAGAACGAAACGUUUGGAUUUACAAGCACAAGCUCUUUCAUCGUGACCGCCCAGAAGAUCUUCACAUGGUGAGACGCAGAACUUGCCCUGGUGUCGACGGGAGAAAGCAACGCUUUUCUCGGUACUCUGCUCAAAAGAUCAGUAACUCCGACAAAGCCAUUCAAAGCAGCGAUGACGAACAUAGCUUGGGCUCCAGCAGUGACGACGAAAACGAAAGCAAGAAGCGUUCCAUGGGUGAAUCUCGAGGCUCCGAGUCGAAGCGUUCGCGCCGCAGUCUGUGGUAUGGUGGUGGUGGCAACAGCAAGACAAGCAACGAAAAAAAGGUUGUUGAUGCAACCUCCGUGGUCAAGAGCACUACUUCGCCAACAAGCGUUUAUGAGCCAAGCACCAGUCUUUUCCAAAAUGAAAUCGAUGACGACGACUCAAGCGCCAACAAGAAGACCAACCGUAUGGAAGCCGUCGAGCAAGCCAUGAUUGUAUCUGAAGUAGCAUCGAAACUCGAAGAACACCUCAAAAAGGUCAUGAAGGGUCGCGGUGGAACUCGCUCUCGCAAGGGGAAUGCUGGCAUUGUUACUCCACCAAAUGGAUCGUACCAAAAGUUUGAAAUGUCAUCAAGAGGCCUUAUAACAUACGAUGACGAGUACAAGACUACUUACCCCCCAACAAUUUCUGAAACGGACGAGGCGAGCAUUGCCUCCGUGACAGUCACUGAGGACGAUGUAUCUGAGCAAUUGGCUGUUCCCAAGCAGUUUCUUGUUGCUCCUGUUGAGGACGUUGAAAAGGUUAAGAACAUUUGUGAAGAAAUCCGGUGUUGCGUGGAUAGAUCUUUUGGAAACUCGUUAACCUUUCAAGCUUGCGCCAGUGUUGCCGAGUUUUUCAUGUCGACUCCUCCUUCGGAGGAUGUUCAAUGUGUGAGUAAAAAGGUCCUAGAGUUGCUCUCUACUUCGAGUCGGUUGGCAGCGGACUUCCACUUCUACAGGGCUGCUCUCAAUCCUUGCAGUGCCAACAAUGACGAACCUGAAGCCUCCAACUUGUUCGAAGAACGUCACGCGGUCGCUCUUCAGCGUUCUCUAGAGGGUGCUGCUAGCCAGAGCGAUGCUGUUCGUGAAUUCAAAAUCUUCUGUGUCAACCUCAUCUACAAGCUCCUCGAGAAUAUGGAAAACUAUGGUGUUAAAGAACCUUUCUCGCCUACGGUGCGAUCGAACUUGCUCCACACUGCAGAGACAUGGUCCAAGAGCGUGGGAAAUAGUGCAUGA